CGGCCCGCUUCCAACUGCUCCCAUAGCAAGGCUAAAGCGGGGGCUUGUGCCAGGACGUCUGACGUCAGCGGGACUAGCGGAGGUAAGCCUGCUGCUAGCGGGAACAAGAGCAACAGCAACAAGAGCAGCACCAACACCGCGACUAGCUGGUGGAAGGAGCAGCGGCAACAGCAGCAGCAGCAGCAGGCGCGGAGCUCGGCAGCAGUGGCCGGGCCCCAGCUGACGACACGCCAGCCAGGGUCCGGGGCGCGCGGAAGCGCCUUGCCCUCCGCCCCUCCUCCUGACCCAGCUGCUGCUGCUGGCGAGACCGGGGCUUCGCAUCAGCCCACAGCUGGAUCCCUGGACACCAUCGCAGGGCCUACUGCUGCCUCCGCUGCUCACACGCGAGGAGGAGCCGGCGAAGAGGAGCAGGCUACUAGGCUGGCUGCUACCGCUGCUGCUGCUCCGGGAGCCUCCGUUUCCACCACCGCUUCCACUUCAGGGACAGCGAUUCCUCCCACAACACAGGCGGUCGGUUUGCCUAACCCUCGCACGGAGGAAAAAGAGGUUAGCGAAAGGCAGCCAGCUGCUGCUGCGGCUGCUGCUGCUGCGGCUGCUGCUGCUGCGGCUGCUGCUGCUGCGGCCUCCGGCGCCAUCCCGGCUGGUAACGGCGAGGAGGCCUGCGCUGCAGCAGCCGGGGAAGAGGAGCGGGCACCGGGGGAUGUGUCCUGGCCGCUGCGGGACGACCUGGAUUCGGACGAGGAGAGCUGGGGAGCGGGCAGCGAUGCAGACGAGACCGCCUCCCGUACCUCCGCCUCAUCCGCGGAUGACUAUAACUACAAGUCCAUGCUGCCGUACUUCCACCGUACGGCACAGCAUUACCACACCGUGCUGUCGCCCUUCAACCAGGUGCAGCUGGCGCUGGUGGGCUGGGUCAACAGCCGCACGGUGGCCUUCGUGGUGGGGGUGGGACUCGGACCGCUUCGGGAUCCCGGGCCGGCGCUGCCUGACGUGGCGUAUGCGGCCGACGGAGGUGACGGCGGCGGCGGCGCGCCAGACCCGGCGGCGGUGCAGGCGCGUGCCGUCCUGUGUCAGCUGCUGGCGGCGCCGCUGCGGGAGUGCUGCGGCGCGCUGGCGGUGCGGGCGGCGCAGAGCGAUGUGGACCGAAAGAUCGCGGCGCUGGUGGCUACGUUCAGG